GUGUGUGUGUAUACCAAGUUUCCAAAUUUUCCUCGUUUCGUCGCAAACAAAGAAUUUGUCAAUAUGGUGGCGUACUACGACGAGUGCGACGCCACCGAGAACCCCAAAACCCUCACCGACUGGGUGCGUAAUUUCCGCGUGAAACGCCAGAAAAUGCGACGCAAGUUGCGUGGUGCUGGCAAUGAUCUGCGCGUGAACGCCAUUUUGUCGACAGCCCUGCUUCAUGCGGAGCACGAGCUGCGCAGAAAGCAGCAGGAGCGGUUCAGCCGCUGGCUGGAGAUGCAAACGCGAUUUGUGCCCCACGGCAGGACGCACUGCGGCAGUGACGCGGUGGCCACCUCGAACGCCAAGGCUGCUGCGGAGGCGGAGGCAGAAAGCAAUUUGUGGAGCAGCGAGCUCAGUGGCCUCGACAAUUUUAUGCGCAGCCUGAGCAGCAACAACAACAAGGGCGCCAGCAACAACAAUGGCAGCAACAGUUGCACAGGAAUUGGCAGCAACAACAACAGCCAGCUCAGCUGCGCCAUUGCAGUGGCCAGUUAGAAAGAGAUGACUAUAUUAUGCUGUGUUUGUUCGUGUGUAUACGUGACUGACACAUACGCACAUGCACAAAAUGGUGGCACAAAGAGCGAAAACUGUUUGAUUUUCAGCUGUCGUAACAUUUCCCUUUACGUCGCCCUAGCUUUAUUUAAUCAUUGUUAAACUAGUUUUAUUACGACAACCCAUUUCUCAUUUGCAGUCGCAAACGUGUGCAAGGCUGUUAUAGAUUGUAAUGAAAGAAGAUUGGAAGAGUGUGAAGAGGCUAAGGAGCUGAACAAACGGCCUUCGAAUCGAGAGUGGUGUGAGUCAUGGGCGCUGCCACCAGAAAUAAUAUCCAUGCAAAAAGCCCACAGGAAAAGCCUUUGGUCCCGGAGCACACUCGUUUCCUGCUCCUCGCACGUUAAUGGCAACGAUGAGGAGGAACGGAACACUAAACAAGCAACUACGUCGUAGUGGGCAACUGCAAGAAAUCAAAUUCCGGUGAUCCGGACAACAGCAACCAUGCGACUUUGAAUAUGACUGGUAGCGAAGAAACCUGAUCGUCGCAGCGACGAUGGUGUUGCGUUAUUGAGUAACUGAGUGAGUCUUCACGUCUGUCCGAGUCUACCGCCUGGCAGUGAGUUCCGCAAACCAGCACAGAUCGUCGGAGCAAGGAGCAGCAGCAGCAAACACCACCGAGUCUCCGUCUCCUCAUGCCCAUGUGAUUCAGUCGCAGCGGACAGAUUAAUGGGGACAAGGCGGAAUGCGGCAGCAGCUCCAGCUCACAUCAGCUUACCUGCGUUUGAAGCUCUCGUGGCCAUCGACAACUAUCGACCAACUACCACCACUUAUUCAGCAUAGAACGCUUCGCAGCUGUUGAGCACCACCCACCCAUCCACACAGACACACGGUAUUUGGUAUAUCAGCUGCGAACAAAAUAUUGCUUUUUGAACAGAUUUACAGCGAAAAUAACAGUGGAGCGAAUCAGCCGUCGAAAUACAUUCUACGUCGUUUGCGGUUUGGAUUUUUAGGAGCUCAUGUCUCACCCUCGCAUAAAAGCCUUUUGGGAUUACUCUCGUGAUUAACGGAUUUCAAAUUGACUGGGGUAUAUGAUCUUCCAACGGCCUUCGCUCGGCGCUUAUUAUUGGACUUCUUCUCUUUUACCUUUUAUGAUUUUGGCAGGCAAUGAUUGGACCCUAGGUGUUUACCCUUCCUUUUCCCCUAAUCUUUGGGCUAGAUUAAGCCAAUUUAAUCUUUGUAGCGGCACCUCACAGUUGAUCGGUUCCUGUGGGUGCCAGUGCGUGAUGCCCACCCCACCGUACUCGCACUCUCCAAGUGCUCGGAGUCCUGAGAGCACCAGUCGCAGAUCAUCGACGAAACUUAAUCUGAAGCAUGCGUAAAAGAGUUAGUAGACUAGGCACAAGCGUCACUUUUCGUUUAUUUUUCUAGCGAUGCAGCGCAGUUGAACGGUGCCUGCGUGCAUCAGCAUGAAAAUAUGGAAGCAUGUGCGGCGAAGAAUCCCCUCUGUUUAACACUGCGUUCUUAAAUUCGAAGGCCAGGAACAUCGAUGGGUUGAAAGCCAAACCGUAAAUCGUUUUUCAUACUAAGUUCGAUCAAAAUGCUCCCGUUAUAUUAUUUCUAGCGCAUUGCUCUAUGCAGCUGGGCAUACGGAAUGCUCCUACGAUAGCUACCAUUAAUGUCGGAUUUUCCUCUGUAGAUAUGCCGAGAAGUAAAAGCUUUAAAAAUUUAAGAAGCAGACGCCAGGAACAGCCAAUAUACCGUAAAAUCUGAAGAAAUUGCAAUCGAAAUCCUUUUCUUUCGUAUUUUGUAGUAAUGCUCUUCAUGGACAGUUAAGCUGCAGGGAAAUUGCAAGCCAACUUAGUUGGGCGGUCCGCCAAUCACAUGUAAAUAAUAUUUUGUAUGUCCAACGAAAUAUUUCUGUCUUGUAGCGAUAUGGCUUCAGUAGAAUGUGCCUGCCCAUAUGUCAUCCGUAGCUUAUAUCAAGUUAUUGACGUCGAAAGCAACAGCAAUUCGUCCCGUCGACCACUUCAAACAGAGUUAUUCUCAGAGCAACUUCAAGACCGACAAAAUAAGCAUUUUCCAUGAAGUUUCUCCUUAUCGUACCGCAGUGAAGAAGCGAUUAAUUAACGUGUUCAUUACAGUGUAAAAUCCAAGACGUAAGGGAAAAACAUGCAUACAGCAAAAAACUGACGCGAUGAGCAUCCAAACUAACGUAACAACUAUGAUAUGUGCAAUCGAAAUCCUUUUCUUUCGUAUUUUGUAGAAAUACACAUAGGCGAACAGUAGAGCUGCAAGGGAUAUGCACGCCAGCCUUUACCGGAUCACGUAAAUUAUUUUUAGUUUGUCGAAAAAAAUAUUUCUGUCUUGUAGCGAUGUGGCUGCAGUUGAAUGUGCCUGCCCAUAUCUCAACCAUAGCAUAUGAGCCGAGACCGACAGCGAACCGUCGAUUCCCAGGCCUUCUAAUGGCGGCGUUUCAGCCACACGUUUGGAUCGUCACAAAGCUCAUUUUCUACUGAAGUUUCUCUAUUCUUCCUUAAUGAACUAGAGGCUCAUUUAUGAAUUCAUUGCAGUUCUUAUACCAAGACAUGAGUUUCUACCGCCCGUACCAAUUUAUCACACUGUCUACUUACCUGUGCACACUCGCCUGUUUUAAAACCUACCGAGAACAUGUAGCAAAAUUUCUUGAGGCAAUGGGAAUCAAAUGCCAACUUGAAAGCAAUAACACCAACACUCAGUCGUCGCAGUCCAACAUCCAUUCAACACGUCGAGUUCGAUUUGAAACGCAGGUCAGGUCUGAACCCAACUAGAACCCGCUUGCACCUGUUUUUCAGCUUAAUUUCGGGCCACGAUGGUGGAGUCUUUUUUUUUUUUUUUUUUUUUUUUUUAGAAGGAACGACGUUUGGCUUUGGGCAUCGUGUCUAUUGGCCGGGACCCAUAUGUGUCUUCCCAGAGUGAGAACUUUUAGCAGUCAUAAAUUUAUUUUACACUUCUUGCAGCGGUGCCACACAGUUGAGUGUGCCUGUGGGCAUCGACUUAACUGCAUUCGAAAGGCCUUGGAGUUGAGGAGCUAGCGACGGACCGGUCGGUUGAUCAAGACGUGCACCGCUCCUAGCUGGCCGAGUCUACUGCUGUGCUGCUGCAAAUCGUUAAGGGAAUCCAAACGAUGCAUCAAGUCCAUCCAGUUAGGCUUCUCUUAGCAAGUAGAGCGCAACGCCUCUACAACGACAACCAAUUUAGGCUCACCUGCUACUGCAAAGGAUCACAAAGCGUCGAGUCAACAUCGAGUAUUACCACAGAAAGCAUGCAACCAGAAACUGCGUCCCGCUGCUUGUGCCGAUUGUGAACCUAAUGUUUUUACAUUACAGCCGAGAUUUCUGCCGAAGAGGUCUGCUGGUAUCUAUCUAACCACUAGGCAGUGCCAAGGACAGAGCCUCAAGAUGACUGGACCAUCCGUUGUUCAGACCGCGCCAGGCCCAGUCCAAAUUGGGUGCCGCACCGGGCCGCAAGAUCCACACACGGGCGUUGCUACAGAGCCAAAGUCGGAGCUAGAGUCUGGCGCCGUGAUGUGCUGAGCUGAGCCUGAACCUAAGCACGUACUGCAUUGCACCGCACAGACAUGUGCGUUCGGUCCACGCUAAAGGGAAACAAAUGCGUUUGGACCGAGAGCCGCUACACCGCACCAUCACCAGUAUUCGCUGAGAAGUGAGCUGAUGUGUUGUCGUUGUUACAGGGCUGCUGCUGCAACUGCGCCACUGGCAUCCUCGCCUAGCGUCGCUAAUUAUCACUUGUCACUUUCAGCGAUCGGCAGUGUUCAUCAUUCAGCGUUCAUCGUAGAAUGACAUCCGGACAGAUCAGAAGCUAGCGACAUGGGAACCAACUGCGAGUAGUAUUCAAGCAUCCGAAUCUAAAGAUGUGCAGCAGUAGCAGUUGAAGACUAUCGGUCAGUCCAGACAGCUAACCGAAAUCGACGCAGACUUGAAAAUCGUGGUGCAGGACAGACGAGCACGUCGAUCACCUUCAGUGGGUUGUUGUUUUACUUGCACUUUCCUUCCGUAGGUAGCCCAGAAAUCGAGAAAGCCCAUAUCCAUCGCAAAGGGAAACAAUUGCGAUUAGUGUUCGAAGACCGAGCUGGGCGGCCAAUGGGUCGCGCCACGCUCCGCCAGUUGAGCCCAUAACUCCUGGCCCGCCGAUCAUCGUACCGCAAAGGGAAUCGAUUGCGAGUGGUACUACAGCAGUCGAGCUCCCCGUUGAGCUCCUGGUCCUAGUCAAGCACCCAGCUGAGCUUCUGGUAGAGUUCUUCGCCUCAGCAUUAAUAUCGUAAAGGGAAUCCAAUGCGAUGUACAGCGACAGCGGCAGGCAGGGUCAUCCAAGACACAAAGGUAUACAAGCAGAGUUCUAGUCGUGCAUUUACGCUUUCCAGGAACGCCCACGACCCUCUCAAAAACUACCGAGCACGUGUCUGAAUCACUACCCGGCCAAUGUCGAAACUGGCUGCAAUGCCAAGCGCACCACCAACCAUACUCGUCAUGUUGGUCUCAAAGGGAAUCCAAGAGACACGCGGUACAGCCAGCUGAAACACACUUUUAUUUUGCUUCUGUUCCUUAAACAUAUUGCAGCUUGAUGAAUACGUAAGGCUUCAGGCUUGUCCUGUAAACUUGUUUGUAGAAAAUUACAUUUUUUUUUUCAAAAUGAAUUGUUAAACUCCAUUGUAAGCUAUUCAAAUUCAUUACUUUAAACCUUUGCCCAGAGAGCCAAUGCAGACGUCCGACUUUGAUGAAGAGUGCAGCAGGCUGGACGGUUCAGACCAGAAGUAGCAGCAGCAGCAAUAAGUUUAUAAGCAGGACCAAAAUUAGCGCGAAAUGCAUGGCAGUGAGCAAUAAGCAGUAAGGAAUGGGAGCAACGUCCAGCGCGUUUUGAACUACAGGGGCCCUUUCAUGACCCGAUCCAAGGCAGGGAGAGCAGCAUACAGAGGCCAAGGCAGCCUUGACAUUCAUAACUUUCGACUUUGCACCUACUACCUUCGACCCGUUUUUAAUCUCCGUUAAUCUCCAAAUUCUCAAACACGACACCACGUAGGAGUACACACGCUUUUAUCACUUUUGAUAUGGGAAGUCUUGAAUUCCCUUUUGGAUCACCCAUCAUGAACUGCAAGUGGAGCAACACGUAGGCUGGAGGUAUCAUUUCUUCGCUAAACACAAAUUCAUCGACCCGCAACCGUUUUUUCCGAUAUUCUACCACUGGCUUGGAAAAGCUAGCUAUUGACUCUGCUGUUUUCGGCACUGAUGGCGGCUUCAGACUUUAUUUCAACAUUUACCCCUCCUCCCCCACCGAAUCUGCAGUUGGACUGCAUUUCCGUUUCGCUUCGCUACACCACUGGGCAGUUACUUUUUCUCUGUGAGGACCCUUCGUGAGGAUAUUAGAUUUGUUGAAGAUUUUUUCUUAAAAUUGGACUGCGGCGCGGGAUUAAGAC